AUGCAUGGAUACGGCAAAAAUCUGAGAAUGCUGUAUCGUAUCCGUAUCGAUGUGUCGGAUACGCCUCAGAUACGUAUCCUGAGGAGAGUUUUGUUGGCUGGGACUCUGGGAAGAUUGAAACGCAGCAAGCUUGCAGAGUUGCAGGCGUGCAGCAAGCUAGUGAAGCCACCAAGGCACCAACUCUCUUUCUUUGUUCACAGCAAGCCAACUCUCUCGGUCAAAGUUCCACCAAAGAUGACAACUCGUGGUAACAUGCCUGAAGUGACGAAAGCAACUGGGAUGCAAACUGAGUGGUAUCUUGCUAAAACCUUGACUGACACUGCAAAUGGUGACAGCUUCUUCGACUCGCUCAAAUCUGCUGUUGCCGACACAGUAAGUUUUGGUUUCGUUCAUGUUAAGUGUAUGACUUUGGGUUUAUAUUUCAAGGACGAUGUGCAAAACUUGGUGGUGGUGGACAGGAUUAGUGCAUUGCCAGAUGAUCUUAUAGUUAGUAUAGUGUCUCUGCUGCCUCUAAAGGAAGCAGCAGCUACUAGUGUGCUAUCUACUCGAUGGCGCCACAUCUGGACCUUCGUUACCACUCUUGAUUUUCACCAUGACAUUCUUUUCCAACUGCGUUCAUACAAACGAGUAAGAAUAGAGUCGGAACUUGAUAUGUACUUGAAUUGGGUGAAUAGUGUAAUGAAACAACAUAGAGGCCCAUGUAUCAAUCUGCUUAGGGUUUAUGCCGAUAUAAAUGAUCCCAAGUACGAAAGUUCCAUUCAUACAUGGGGUCGAUUCGCCUUGGAAAAGAGAGUCCAAAACUUUGAUUUGCUCCUUUCUAAAAACAGAGGUUUCCCCAAAAGAGGAGGAAACGAGAUUAAGGCAGUCUUUAGUACUUUUCCCCUUUCGCACCAAUUUGUAAAUGUGGACAGAUUAGGGUCUGACUUGUGCUCUAAACCUGAUAUUCUACACCCUUGUCUAUACACUUGUUUUAGUGCAUUCAGUUGCUUGAAGUACCUUAGAGUUCUUGAAUUCAGGUUUGUUUUAGGACUUACUGGGCAAGUUCUAGAGUGCUUCUUGUCUCACUGUCCACUUCUUGAGCGAUUAACAGUAGUUCGCACUUUGGGGUUGGAUAGUUUUAAAGUUAUCGGCCCGUCAAUUGCCUUGAAAUACUUGCACAUACAUAAACAUACCGGUCCUGUGAACAUUGAGAUUUGUGAUGUAAAACUUGUUACAUUUAUUUAUGGUGGAGGCGGGAUAAACUUGCUGCUUAAGAAUGUGCCGCAGCUUGUUGAGGUCUCCAUUUCUUCCCGCCGAGUUUCAUUUGGACAGUGUGGUUCUCAUCAUCAGCUAGAGGUUUUCAGACUGAGGGGAUUUGUGCUAAACAAUGAGAAACAUGUACUUCCUACAUAUGUGAAUCUCAAGUAUUUGGAACUGGGAUUGAAGGAACGUGACAGUUGCUGUCUUCUUCAAUUAAUGUCUUUCAUGGAGGCAUCUCCUUAUUUGCACAAACUUGUAUUGAAGUUGGAAACGACUAUCUCUCGAUCUUAUAGGCGUGAAAUGGAGGUUAAGCAAGCUCCCAAUUACUCCCAUCAAUUCCUUAGGGUAGUGGAAGUGACAGAUUAUCACGGUCGUACCAGUGAUUUAGAACUUGUUAGGUACUUGAUAGAGAAUGCUGUUGAACUAAAAGAGCUUCUUAUGCAUCCUGUUCGACGGUGGUUUUCUCGUGAGCGGAUCAGGUUUAGAAUGGGUAACAGAGAGGAGGUGGAGAGGAUAGAAAAGGAGGAAAGAAAACAAGCUACUCAGCAGCUUAAAGAACUAGUGCCUUCUAGUUUAGAAUUCAUAUGCAGGCUGUAGCAACCGCUUUCAAUAGCAGUAGCUGCGACCAAAUCCACAUUGGUGAAAAGGCCAAUGGGACUAUUAUGUUCAACAAAUUUGCCUUCGCAUUUAGCCCUUUUGACAACUUGGAAUAGUUGGGACUAUUAGACAUUUUCCUCG